UUUUUUUUUUUUUCUUUUUUUGGCGCCACAGGCUGCGGUUGCACUGUGGGAAAAGAGGGUCAAGCGACUUUUGGGCGAAAAAAGGUAGAGGCUGGCUGGCAAGAGGUGAAGGAAUUGCAAAGGACGCGCGCGACGUCGUCAGGAGGAAAGGGCCUCGAUUUAUCAGCCUGCGCUGCAGAGGGCUGCCUGUGAAGCUAGUUUCAAGCCAGGCUCGCCAGGUUCCUGGGACGAAAUAAAUACAGGCCGCUGCUGGGCUGGGGGGCACGUCAGAAAUUUCAACAAGCGUGGGAAUCUGAAUGAACAGGCAGUGAAUGUCUUUGGCACGGCGCGGCGGGCCGCUUCGCUAUACUCCACCUUGACUUUUGGGUACCUGUCCUGUCGCAGUGAGAGGCCCUAUUACGGCUGCUAGAUCAGGUACCUGCUGUACGGGAGAUGCAUGUGUCUACAGGCACCAUCUCUCUACCGGAUUAGCACAUCCGUCUCUUCCAUCUUUGAACACAGAUGGAUGAUGCUAUACGUUCCAUGCCCAAGACACCUGUGAUAUCGAGUUUUGGGUGGUACCUACUUGUGAACAGCGUCGAGAUAUAGCCACAGACCCGGCCGCCAAGGAGGCACCCAGCACCCGGGCGCGUAGUGAAGUUGAUGAGCCCUCAACUCCCUGCAGCUCCCUGCAAGCCCUUCCUGCUAGCCAAUCGAGUCCACGUUGACGGCCGUGUUUAUUUACAUGUGGCCGCGGAAUCCAGCACUGCAACCCCCGGUAUCCAGCCCAGCCGCCAGCACCUUUUCCCUCCAUCCAAGCCCAGCACCUGUAAUACAGCCCACUCUUUUUACCCUCUCUUCCUGCUCUCCCAGGAACGCACACAGUGCCCCAAAAAGCCCACGAGUCUGACACUUUCACCCCCGGGGAAGGGGCUUGCUGUGGCGGCGGGACUUGUCUGGUAGUCGAUUAUC